CUGCGCAGAACUUUUGAGAGUUGUCAAAUAGUUGAUGAUGUGUACAAGAUGAGUUUGUGCUUAUUAGUUGAGGGUGUUUUGAAAGGUCGUGAGGAGAAGUUGAUGGUUUGGACUGACAUGCUGAAGAUGGUAGACGACGUUGACUUCUUUUUCCAGUACCCGUGGGGGAAGAUAUCAUACCAGAAGUUGUUACAAACUUGUCAAAAAGACUUUGUUGAAAUGAAGAAGCAUUUACAGAAGAAGAUUGAGAAAGGAAAGACUCAGAAGGAGGCCAAGUACUCUAUUUAUGGGUAUGCUGCAGCAUUGCAGUAUUGGGCUUUUGAGUCCAUCAUUGAGUUGGGUCAGGAUCAUGCUGUGAGAUUGGGCCAAGGCAUACCAAGAAUGAUCAACUGGCAGAGCAAGGAGAAAGUAGAGAUACACAAAGAGCAACUUAUUAAGUUGUUUGCCAAAAAGUUGACAGUAUACCCCUACCUGUGUGCCCGACCUGCUGAAGAACAGUAUGUGAGGACCCUUACAGACAAUGAAGCCCCAUUGUAUGUGGACAUGGGGUUAGAGGAACUAGAGGUGGGUCCCGAUGGACAGCCUACACAGGAAGCCUUACAGAGCCAGGCUGAAAAGCUUGCUGAAAAGUUAGCUGAGCAAGCAGAAGCAGCAAAUAUUUUUAAGGAGGUUCCACCAGCUCAACCUGAGGCACCUGAGGUUCCCCCAUCAACACCUCAUGCCAGCACCUCCUCCCAAGCUGAGCAACCAGGCUACUCUAUGAUUUUGGCCAGGUUGGAAAAGGUUGAAGGGCAACAAAGUGCCCUUAUUAAAGGUCAGUCCGAGAUCUUGGGUCAAUUGCAGAAGCUGAUGACAAUGAUGGAAGAUCUUAGUAGGCCAGUUCCAGAUCCACACCCUCAGUCCACUGAAGAAGGCCCUCAGUCUCCUGUAGAUGAAGACAUUCUCCCUAACGAUUACAGACCUGAUGAUGUAGAUGAUCACAUUUUUCGCACACCAGAGGAUAUGCAAAUUACUGUAAUCGGAGAUACUGAAGAUUCUGAAGUACAAUUCUUAAACAUAGCUCCACCAGCACCGGAGAAGAGGAGAGAAAGAAAGAGGCCUAGGUGGUUCGAUGAGUACACUGCAAUGAGGAAAAGGAAUAAGAAAUCGAAGACAGCAGUGAAUGUGGAUCCAUUGAGGGUUGUUGAUGGUAAAUUACUUAUGACCUUUCACAAGUGGUUGCUUGGCACCAUUGGGAAUAAAUAUCCGAGGGAAUGCUUCUCAGGGACACACGAUGCUGCUUGGUUCCUGAAACUGCAUACUCCGAGGACAUGGCUUUCUGACUCUGUAAGUUUUCUAUAACUUCAUAAUUAAAUAAUGUUGAAAAUUUAUUUAAAUGUUUCUAUAUAUAGUGGUACGAUAUGGGUACGAUAUGGUACGAAUGUAGUACGAUAAUUAUAAGUGUCAAAUUAUAAACUGUUUAUAUGUCAAUGGUACGAUGGUGGUACGACAUUAGCACGAUAGUGGUACGAUAUAAUUUGUUAAGUAGUUACUAUUACCAUCAUAAUUUUAGAAUUUGUAGUGGGACAAUUUAGGUACGAUGGUAGUACGAUAAUGUACGAUGAUGGUACGACAGUGGGACGCUAGUGGGUACGAUGGUGUAUAAUACUAGUUUUUGCCAUAAAGG